AUGAAAUACACUUCUAUUUUGGCUCUUACUGCUUCUGCUAUGUUGGUCUUGGUCGACAACGGCAUGGCUGCCCCCACUGGGAAUGACCUUGGCCACACGGAAGGCAAGGGUAGCUUCAGAAAUGUCACUGCUGCUAAAGAUGGUGGCGAUAAGUCAAGCAGGGAAUCUAGCUCUGGUGACGAUCACUCUGAAAAAGGAUUUUAUGGCAAGGGAAGAGAUGGCAAAUCCGUUGUCGUUUCCAAGGACAAAUCCGGUGAUGGUCAUAGUCUUGAGGGUUACGAUGAUAUGUCUGCCUCAGCUGUUGUUGAUGACUGUGAUGAAAUUCUUGAAUCUGAGGAUGCUGUUGCUAAAGGCGAUGAUUCUGAAAACGGCUCCGUGAAGGCCUCUCAGGGCGGUAACGAUUCCGGAGACGGUCGCUCUGAUAAAGGCUCUGGUGGUGACCAUUCUGACAAGUACUCUGGUGAAGGUCAAUCUGGAAAAGGAUCUCAUGUCAAGGGUGAAUCCAGUGAUGACCACGGACCUAAGGGUACUGGCGAUAAGACUAAAUUCGACAUUACUGAUGACGGAACUGUUGCCCUUAAACCUAAAGGUGUUGUAGUCAAAGGCGAUGAUUCCGGACAGGACUCUCACGGCGGCAAAGGUUCUAGUGAUGGCUAUAUUGGUAAAAGCUCUGGCGAUGGCUACACUGGUGAGGGUUCUAGUGAUGGCUACACUGGCAAAGGCUCUGGUGACCAUUCCACCAUCAUUGUUGGUACAGAAGAUACCAAGUAA